AUGCUCGUUUACCAAGGACAGCCAAAGGCCAACCCUGAUGGAGUUGAAUCGGUCACGGCCAUUCUUCCAACAAAGGCCGAGGCUGGAGCGCCUUGCAUUGUGUUAUGGCGCAAAGCCACCACCGCAUCAACCAGUUCAAAAGCUGCGAGCAGAGAACCCCCCAAUUUUGGAAACUUUGAAGCGAUUCUAGAGAAGAACGACGAGAAGAACACCAAGUUCAAGUCGGCCGCAUCCAACUUAGAACUAGACUUCACCGGAGAUCAUAAAACUGCGUCUCUCAGCUUCCAGCCUACUCAUGGCGGCCAAAUUCAGCACAUAAGCCUGACCUUGGCUCUUGGCGACCCGUUCAAGACUCCCUCUCCCCAAUCUGAGGCAUCCAUCUUUGGCGGGCCCGUCAUCGUCCAGAACAAGGGCCGUGAGAACCUUAUUGCUCUGGUUCUCUGCGAGAAAGAUGAAAAGGGAUCCCAAAAGCCAAUCAGCGUUCUGAUUGAAUGGGGUGCAGAGGUUGCCAUGGCCGAGAUACCCCCAAGAGUUCAAACUUGCCAAAGCAAAGACAAGGACACCAUUCCCGAUCAUGAUGAAAAUCUCUGCUUCAGCUUGAACAGCCGUCAACAUCAUUUCCAUGGGAUGGUGAGACGCCCGCGUCGUUCUCCGCCAGAGUUGCUACUGCAAAUUCGGCCUCAGUCUGGUAAUCAGUCUACUACUAAGUCUGAGGCUGCGGCUAAUGCCAAGGUUGAUGAGAAAUCCGAUGAGCCAGCUUGGCAAACAACGCAGAGCUAUCCUUCUAUCGGCAAAUACAACAACUCCAUGCACACCAUCGUGCGCCGAUCUGCUGAAGCUCGCCACACACGAGUGUGGAACGAUACUGCUGACAACGACAAAGGCAUUGCGCCGUCACUUGUCACUGUUACCAUCCAAGAGAGUGGUGCAGCAAAUGACACGUACAACAAAGGCAUGGCGGCUGCAGGACUCUUUGUCUCUCUCCUGGGAGUUGCCGCUUGUGCUGCACCGCCAUCUCUGAGCUCAGUAGGAUGGGCAAUUGGUAUUAUAGGACUGCUUCUUGCCGGCAAAUCGGGGCAUGACAAUUUUCACGAAGAUCCUGGCAAGUCCAUUACCAAGGUGCUCUACCCGAGAGAUCGCAUUUGCCGACGCGCUGUUGGAAGUGGCGGUAAUGAGAUCCUCAUGUACCGAGCGUAUAUGGAAGGGCAUGUGUUGAAGAUUACGAAAUAUUUUCGGCCAUCUGCCGGAGUUGGCAUAAUUAGGGUCACAAAUAUUGUCAAUAGCUCCCCGUCUUCGCAAGGAUCAUGGCAGGUGGAAGAUAUGUUUUCUUUCCAGUUCGCUGAGCCUCAAACUAUGAAUCUUUACCGCUAUAUCAAAUUACCUGGGUUAGUUCCCACGGGUAAUAAUGAGGGUGGCUCAGGGCUCCCCAGCCAUGGGCUUCCUUCUACGGGCUCAUUCGUUUGGUUCGAUAACAAUGGAAAGUUUCUGAAGUUCUAUGAAGCAAAAAGAGACCAAGGCGGGAAAGGGGCCGAUCCUAUCACUCGUUUUGGGUUUGGAUUAUUCGACCCAAAGAACGAUAACAAGGUUAUUAAGCAUACCGUCAUGUCACUGGUCCAGGGAACCAGCACUCAGCUGAGCACCAACAUUGCAGUUCUCAACUUGGACGACGAUCACGGCACUCCGGUAGUGACUAUGCACAACUGGAAAGUCUGUAGUCUUGAAUGGGUCGCGAGAGCUGUCAAACAAGAGGAUGUUUUGGACUUUAUCAAAUCCGACCGGAGAAAUUGGAACUGGGGGUACCAGUGGGAUAGUAAGAGUGGUGAUAUUGAGAUCAUCAGGUCGCCCUAUUAUUAUAGAGAGGACUUUAUGACUCAGAAUGAGGGCACCCAUCUAUUUCUUCCAAUCAGCAACAAAGACUGGACAUAUACAUCCAUGGUGGUGAAGGAUCCUAAAGCACCGUCAUCGCGCAAAUGA